CCCAGCCCCGAGUCCUGCCGACUUCCCUCCAGCCGCAGCGCCGGCCCAGAGGCCGCCGCCCCAGCCAUGGAGGAAGACAACAGCCCCCGGAAGAUCCAGUUCACGGUCCCGCUCCUGGAGCCGCACCUUGACCCCGAGGCGGCAGAGCAGAUUCGGAGGCGCCGCCCCACCCCUGCCACCCUCGUGCUGACCAGUGACCAGUCCUCCCCAGAGAUAGAUGAAGACCGGAUCCCCAACCCACUUCUCAAGUCCACUUUGUCAAUGUCUCCACGGCAGCGGAAGAAGGUGACAAGGACCACACCCACAAUGAAAGAGCUGCAGAUGAUGGUUGAACAUCACCUGGGGCAACAGCAGCAGGGAGAGGAGCCUGAGGGAGCUGCAGAGAGCACAGGGCCUCAGGAGUCCUGCCCACCUGGGAUCACAGGCACAGAAGCAGAGUCAAGGCUGAGCACCUCUGGGACAGCACCAAAGCCUGCAGGAGCCAUCCCUAAGACUCAGGAGAGGGCCAGUGAGGAACCCAGCACAGAGGAGCCCUCCACCCAUACACAACCAUCGGAUUCCCAGGGAACCAACUUGAGAUUGGACAAGGGGACAGAGACAUACAUCAGACAUCAGAACAACCUUCCCAGCAGUUAG